CUUAUUUUAGAACACGAGACGCAGCGCACUAUCGAGUCGCGACGUUACGCGUAGUACGUACUGGGUUUGACGAUUCCUCGUGGCAAUCAUUGCACAAAGAGGUUUGAUCGAUUUACGGAACAUUUAUGUGAGAACGCAAGCGAGCGGACAUGAUGUCGGUGAUGCAGCCAUACAUGGAUAUUGAGAGUUCGAGGAGUUACAUUGACGAGCUGUAUUCAACAGAUCCGCAAAAAUGUCUGGAUGCGAUUAUAUGUCUCAAGAAUUCAGUGAUUGGCAGCAACAGACAAAAGGGUUCGGUUAUAGCUCAAGGUGUGGUGCCUCGACUAUUACAAUUACUCGGAGACACGUCUGGUACCAUCAGUGAUCGUAUAAGAUUAGAAUCAGCAGUAACGUUGGGUUCUUUAGCCAAGGGUACGGAUCAGCAUGUACUCGCACUCAUAGAUUUAGGUGUAGUUCCAUUACUCCUUCAAGUCUUGGUGUCGGCGCCAACUCCUGAAAUUUCCACGGAUGGCAAGAUGAAGGUACCAGACUUGUUGAAUGAGGCAUGUUUGCGAUGUCUGCGUACCGUAUUCCAGCAUACCGCGGCACCGGUUCAUUCUAUUUAUCAAGAUCCUGCGUUAGUACCACGAUUGUUAUCUUUAGCAAGUCGAUCAGUUACCUGUCAAGUGUGUGUUGCGACGAUAUUAACUACAGCAUGUAAGACAGCAGAGGAACAAAAUGCUUUGUCCAAAGGAGGAGCAGUAGAAACACUGGCGAUGCAAUUGGAUUCUCCUCUAGCGGAUGUCCAAUUACCAGCUUUAGCCUGUUUAGCAAACAUGUGUUAUCAGAAUCAUAUGGUAUCGACUAUGGUGGCGUCGGCCAGCACGAGCAAUACAGUCCAUGGUAGAUUAGUGCCUGUAGCGCUAGGUCAAUUAAUGGGACGCGAGAAGAGUUCAUUGAUACAGCUCGAAGCGGCGAGGUGUAUCGCGUACAUGCACAGAGCUGGUGCGUUACCGUCUACUGAUCCACGAGUCGUCUAUCGCGCUUUACCUUGUCUCGUCAGAUUAUGUCAUCGUGAUCGACCGCCGCGCGAAAGAGUCGCCGCGGCCGAGACGCUCGCAUAUCUGACCGAGGUUGAUACGGAUUUACAGCGCUUAGCGUCUAUUAGUAAUCAUCUAAUACCAACAUUGGCAGAGCUGCUGAGACCACAUCCACAAGUACAGGAUGCAACGUUAACGCAAGAUAUGCGACAAGCUGCGUUCAGAGCAUUCGCGUCUCUCGGUGCUAACGAUGAAGAUAUUCGGAAGCGUAUUAUUGAAACAGAAAGUCUUAUGGAACAAGUUGUUUCUGGUCUCCAAGAUCCUGGCGGCUCCCGCGUUCGUUUAGCCGCGGUUAGAUGUUUGCACUCCCUUUCGAGGAGCGUGCAACAGCUCCGCACUACGUUUCAGGAUCAUGCAGUGUGGAGGCCACUUAUGCAGUUGUUACACGGAGCAGACAAGGGGUUGGAGGGUAGAGGCGAAAGUGAAGAUGAUUUAUUAACUGUUGCCUCGAGUACUUUAUGUAAUUUACUAUUGGAGUUUAGUCCGAGCAAAGAACCGAUUCUCGAGUCCGGCGGAGUAGAAUUAUUGUGUUCUCUCACUAAACGACCCGAUCCGGCACUCAGACUGAACGGCAUUUGGGCCCUAAUGAAUGUGGCUUUUCAAGCGGAGCAGCGUGUAAAGUCACAAAUACUCUCAUGCUUGGGCACCGAUCAAAUCUUUCGUCUCUUGGCCGAUCCAGAGUUAGCUGUUCUGAUGAAAACGCUGGGCCUGUUGCGAAAUUUGCUCUCUACUAAAGCUCAUAUAGAUCGUAUAAUGGGCGAGCACGCGACUCACGUUAUGCAAGCGGUCAUUCUAGUACUGGAAGACCCUGAACAUCCGGUGGAUGUCAAAGAGCAAGCACUUUGCAUUCUAGCCAACGUGGCUGACGGUGACCGAGCGAGAGAUCACAUCAUGGCUAACGAUGACGUACUCAAGAAGCUUAUGGAUUAUAUGAUGCAUAACAACGUCAAGUUGCAAGUUGCAGCGACUUAUUGUGUAGGCAACCUAGUUUGGAGAGAGGAACCAGGUUCUCUACAACGACAAGCGCGUUUGAGAGAAUUAGGAAUUUAUCAUAUCUUGCAACAAUUACGUCAAACAAAAGACGCUCAACUGUUAGAGAAAGUCAAGACUGCCAUGUCGCAAUUUUAUGAUGCUUGAACUUGGAACACAUUGCUGACGAAGAUUAGGUCAUGAUUUCAAGUGUCUUUUUUACAUAAGUAUAUUACAAGUUUAGCAUUAAUACUGUGAUCACUUCGGUUGAUGAUGUACUCGAAAGUUAUAAACAAAAUGAACAAAUUGAUAUUUCUGAGCCUAUGCGUGUAAUCUGUCUGUAGUAUUUAUUUAAUUUAUAGAGAAAGGGAGAGAGACAGAGACAAGAUAUAACGUUGCGUGUAUGUAAUCCAUUUUAUCUCGAGAGAAAUGUUUCAUAUGUAUUAAUUUACAUUAGUUUACAAGCAGAGGCUUCAGACAUUGUGAAUUGUCGUAUGCAAUAAGAAAGAAUUAAGAUGAUAAUUAAAACCAUAAAAAAGAACUUGAAAUAAAUAGAAAACAAAUGCA